GUCCUGGAGCGGACGGAGGCGUUCCCGUCUCCACGGUAACCGGCGCCUUGGCGACAGCACCAGGCAACGGGGUGAGAGUCUCGAGCGCCUGGGAGCCGUUAACUCGCAGCGGAUGCGGAUUCCUCCACAGGCAGGCGGGACCUCGGCGUCUGUCGGUUGCUGAUUGUUGGUUUGGUUGUCCCGGUCACCGGAUCUGCCCACCGAUUGGCUGCCCGAGCUGUCCAUCAAAGCCGGCGUUGCCCUUCUCACCGCACGCGGAUUGGCUAAAGGGAGGCAGGUUGCAGAAUGUCGACGUCUGAAUUUCCAGAUGUGGAGGCACCCUCAGAUUUGGCAGCUCCAGAACGGCUGGAAUCCCCAGAGCUGGAUACCUCUCUGGGAGAGCUGGCUCACCAAGAAUCAUCGGAUCAGCUUGGACAGCUGGCACCCCCAGGUCAGCCCGAGACAGAAGACCAACUGGCACCCCCAGGUCAGCUCGAGACAGAAGACCAACUGGCACCCCCAGGUCAGCUCGAGACAGAAGACCAACUGGCACCCCCAGGUCAGGCACUAACUCCAGAACAACCAUCACCAGAGCUUUUGCCAACAGUCAGUCCUGAAGCCAUUAAUUUCCUGACUUCAAUCACAACGAAGGAAUUGCAGACGCUUCACUUCACGGACUCCCUGGUGACGAUUUCUGAUACAGGGAGAGAGCUUGGUGAAUUUACCAUCACAGUUCUGCCCAUCUUGUAUAAUUCCUUCUCAUCUUUAAGCGUUCAUGCCAACAGCCACGGCUCCAUUGACUCAAUUCCAUGUGGAACAUCCAUCUCAGCUUACCUCACUCAAAAUCUUGAAACAUUGGAACACUACCACCAUGAAUAUAUAAAGCUGAAGGAACAACCUCUGGUGAGGAAGACAAACAUGAAAAAAGGAGACGAUGGUUAUGUUGUGACGAACGAAAUCACAUCUGGACAGAAUGUGAAAUCCAAGACUUUGAUCUUCAAGCUGGAGGAGAUGAAUGGGUUUGUGUCGGAGGCCAGUAACCUGAUCCUUUUACGAAUUCUAGCCCAACGAAACAAGGUCCCUGACAACAUGGUCUUCCUCUCUUUUGACACUGAAAUGAAACUUUCCCCUUCCACAUACAUGGAUCUGGGGCACAGAAUGAUGAAAAUUGGAAAGGAAGAAAAGGAUGUUUUGGGCAUCCAAAGGACAGUUCACUCAGAGGAAAAUGGUCCCAUGAGCUGGCAGUGCAACUUCCUGCCGGAUGGACAUUUAACAAGCAGAGUGCAAGUGGGCUCCCCAGUUACAAUGGUGCUGACCCAGAUACCUCACGUGAGACAAACAGAUGAAGAGGAUCCCAAACCAGUAUUUGAGAAGAAGCCACUGAAUUGGGAGGAGGACAUGCAACUAUAUUUUAAAUUUAUCGACAGAACGGAGGCGCUUAAAGCAGACUACUGUAGCUACCUCCGACACCACCCAGAGUUGAGGUCCUUAAUGGCUGACUUCCUGGAAUUCCUUCUCCUCCGCAAACCGCAUGAUGUUGUCACCUUCGCUGCAGAAUAUUUUGCCUCUUUCUCCAACCUCCGCACAGAACAAUCACCCUUCCUGACCACCAAUAAGUCUAGCCCCUUCAAAGAACAAUAAGAUUUAAAUUAAAGGUUUUGUGAAUCCACUGUAAA